GGAUCGUUGAGAAAUAGAAUUGAAAUUUACCUAAUGUUAAAUGGAGAAUUAGAAGUGAAUUUUCCAUAAAAAAGGAGCAAAAGAAACUAAAUUCAGCAAUUUGAAUAACUUUGGAACUGAGCCUGAUUAUUGAGUUAAAAUGGAGAAAGAAUUAAAAGGGUAUCAGUCUUAUCUGGAGGUGAGAACUUUAUGAAAUCUAAAUAAUGCUUAUUUCUCUUUUUGGCAUUAUAUAAUCAUGUCUUUUUAGAAUCAAAUAUCUUUAUAAACUUUAACUUUUU